CACCUUUACAAAGUUUACAGUAACAACAACCAAAAAAAAGAAAAAGCGAUAGCGACGGCGAUUCGAGUCCUGCGUUGUCGUGCUCCCUGAUCACUCACUUACUCUUUCGCUUUAGUUCGUACUAUGAUCUGAACAUUAUCGGCGGCUGAUUCACUGCGAUUUUCGGAUUCACCGUACACUUCACCGUAGGAGAUCCUCUCUCCUUCUGUGUGUUUGACCUUUUGACCAUAACGGCAACAGUCGCGAUAGUCAGUUCGAAAAAUCCGAUCGAUCGCUUUAUCCGUCGUCGUUUUCAGUCCAAGUCUCCGCGAUUACGCCAUGGCGCUACAAUCUCCCAGCGCCACCGGAGCUUCAUCCUCCGUCUCUCGGCUUCUCUCCUCCGCGAAACUGACUUCUACUAAGACUCUCGUCUCCUCCGUUGACUUCCUCGGAUCAUCCUACUCUAUCUCCAACCGAAUCAAACGGCGUAACGAACUCUCCGCGUUUCGCGGAUACACUCCACUGCUCAAGUCCUCGCUGAGGUCUCCGUUCUCGGUUAAAGCCGGUGAUUCAUCGGCUUCCUUCUCCGAUCUAAAACCUGAGGUGGCUUACUUGGAAGAUAUAGUUUCAGAGAAGGGAGAAUGUGGAGUUGGAUUCAUCGCGCAUUUGGAGAACGAGGCUACACAUAAGAUUGUAAACGAUGCUCUGAUAGCACUUGGUUGUAUGGAACACAGGGGAGGUUGUGGUGCUGAUAACGCUUCUGGUGAUGGUUCUGGCUUGAUGACUUCGAUUCCUUGGGAUCUGUUUAACGAAUGGGCUGAGAAGCAAGGGAUGGAGUCUUUUGAUAAGCUGCAUACUGGUGUUGGGAUGCUGUUCUUGCCGAGGGACGAACACAUUAGGAGAGAAGCCAAGAAAGUGGUUACAAGUAUUUUCGAGAAAGAGGGCCUGGAGGUGCUUGGAUGGAGGGAUGUUCCUGUAGACCCGUCUAUUGUUGGUCAUUAUGCCAAAAAGACAAUGCCGAAAACGGAACAGGUCUUUGUUAGAAUUGUCAAAGAAGAUAAAGUAGACGACGUUGAAAGAGAGCUUUACAUUUGCAGGAAGCUGAUUGAAAGAGCAGUUACUUCUCAAAGUUGGGCCUCUGAGCUCUACUUUAGCUCUUUGUCCAACCAGACCAUUGUUUACAAGGGAAUGCUUCGCUCAGAAGUUCUUGGGUUAUUUUACACCGACCUUCAGAAUGAUCUUUAUAGAUCUGCUUUUGCCAUCUAUCAUCGACGAUUUAGCACAAAUACGAGUCCGAGAUGGCCUCUUGCUCAACCCAUGAGGUUUCUUGGACACAAUGGGGAGAUCAAUACCAUACAGGGGAACCUAAAUUGGAUGACAUCUAGAGAAGCAUCUCUGAGAUCACCUGUCUGGCAUGGACGUGAAAGUGAUAUUCGCCCAAUUAGCAAUCCAAAGGCUUCGGACUCCUCUAAUCUUGAUAGUGCAGCUGAACUUUUGAUAAGAAGUGGGCGGACCCCAGAGGAAUCUCUAAUGAUUCUUGUGCCAGAGGCAUAUAAAAAUCACCCGACCUUAAUGAUUAAAUACCCUGAGGCUGUAGACUUUUAUGAUUACUACAAGGGCCAGAUGGAGCCAUGGGAUGGACCUGCAUUAGUAUUGUUCAGUGAUGGAAAGACUGUCGGAGCUUGCCUCGACCGCAAUGGACUUCGGCCUGCUAGAUAUUGGCGGACAAGUGACAAUAUUGUGUAUGUAGCCUCUGAGGUCGGAGUUCUUCCAAUGGAUGAAUCGAAAGUCACCAUGAAGGGUCGUCUAGGACCUGGCAUGAUGAUAUCUGUUGACUUAGAAAGUGGACAGGUAUAUGAGAACACAGAGGUAAAGAAGCGGGUUGCAUCAUAUAACCCAUAUGGAAAGUGGGUUAGUGAAAACCUGCGAACCCUGAAGCCUUCUACUUUUCUUUCGUCAGCAGUCAUGGAGACUGAAGAGACCUUACGACGUCAACAGGCAUUUGGCUACUCGAGCGAAGAUGUUCAAAUGGUAAUUGAGUCAAUGGCUGCACAGGGAAAAGAACCGACAUUUUGCAUGGGGGAUGAUACUCCAGUGGCUGUAUUGUCUCAGAAGCCACAUAUGCUUUAUGAUUAUUUCAAGCAGCGGUUUGCUCAGGUUACGAAUCCAGCUAUUGACCCUCUUCGAGAAGGAUUAGUCAUGUCACUGGAAGUUAAUAUUGGAAAGCGUGGGAAUAUAUUGGAGGUUGGGCCUCAGAAUGUGUCACAGGUUGUCUUGUCUGGUCCUGUACUUAAUGAGCGGGAGCUUGAAGGUUUGCUCAGCGAUCCACAUUUGAAAUCUCAAGUAUUGCCCACAUUUUUUGACAUACAUAGAGGAAUUGAUGGAUCUUUGAAGAAGGCCCUUCUAAAACUCUGCGAAGCUGCAGAUGAAGCUGUUCGUAAUGGUUCCCAAGUGCUUGUUCUCUCAGACAGAUCUGAUAAUCCGGAACCCACUCGACCUGCAAUUCCAAUGUUGUUGGCGGUAGGUGCUGUUCACCAACAUCUGAUCGAGAACGGUCUUCGGAUGUCAGCUUCGAUAAUUGCAGAUACAGCUCAAUGCUUUAGUACGCAUCACUUUGCAUGUUUGAUAGGAUAUGGAGCAAGUGCUAUAUGUCCGCACCUAGCACUGGAGACAUGCAGACAGUGGCGUCUGAGCACCAAAACCGUGAACAUGAUGAGAAACGGAAAAAUGCCUACUGUGACUAUGGAACAGGCUCAAAAGAAUUAUCGCAAGGCUGUUAACACUGGUCUUCUUAAGGUUCUUUCUAAGAUGGGAAUCUCGUUAUUCUCUAGUUAUUGUGGAGCACAAAUAUUUGAGAUUUAUGGAUUGGGGAAGGAGGUUGUUGACUUUUCAUUUCGUGGUAGUGCAUCUCGAAUUGGUGGAUUAACUUUGGAUGAGCUGGCUAGGGAGACGUUAACUUUUUGGGUGAGGGCAUUUUCUGAGGAUACAGCCAAACGGCUAGAGAACUUUGGUUUCAUUCAAUCUAGGCCUGGAGGCGAAUAUCAUGGAAACAAUCCUGAGAUGUCUAAGUUACUUCAUAAAGCCGUCCGCGAAAAGAGUGAGACAGCUUAUGCAGUCUAUCAGCAGCAUUUAGCCAACCGUCCUAUUACGGUUUUCCGCGAUCUUCUUGAGUUUAAAAGUGACCGUAAGCCUAUUCCUGUUGGGAAGGUUGAGCCUGCUUCCUCUAUUGUGGAGCGGUUUUGCACAGGUGGAAUGUCUCUUGGAGCAAUUUCGAGAGAAACUCAUGAGACAAUUGCUAUUGCAAUGAACAGAUUAGGGGGAAAGUCCAACUCAGGGGAAGGCGGCGAGGAUCCGAUCCGCUGGAAGCCGCUAACAGAUGUUGUUGAUGGGUACUCCUCAACGUUGCCACACCUUAAAGGUCUUCGAAAUGGGGAUACGGCUACUAGUGCUAUUAAGCAGGUUGCUUCAGGGCGUUUUGGUGUCACUCCGACGUUUUUGGUUAAUGCAGACCAGUUGGAAAUCAAAGUUGCUCAAGGAGCAAAGCCAGGUGAAGGUGGUCAGCUUCCUGGGAAAAAAGUUAGCGCAUAUAUUGCUAGACUUAGAAAUUCCAAACCAGGAGUUCCGCUUAUAUCUCCACCUCCACAUCAUGAUAUUUAUUCCAUAGAGGAUUUGGCACAGUUGAUCUUCGAUCUUCAUCAGGUCAACCCCAAGGCGAAAGUGUCAGUGAAGCUUGUAUCAGAAGUUGGAAUAGGAACAGUUGCCUCAGGUGUAGCGAAGGCUAAUGCUGAUAUCAUACAGAUAUCAGGGUAUGAUGGUGGAACUGGAGCCAGCCCUAUAAGUUCCAUUAAGCAUGCCGGUGGACCAUGGGAACUUGGAUUAGCUGAAACCCAGCAGACUCUCAUUGGAAAUGGACUCCGAGAAAGAGUGAUUAUCAGGGUUGAUGGAGGUUUCAAGAGUGGUGUUGAUGUGUUGAUUGCUGCAGCUAUGGGCGCCGAUGAGUAUGGGUUUGGUACUCUGGCAAUGAUUGCCACAGGAUGUAUUAUGGCGCGCAUUUGCCACACUAAUAAUUGCCCUGUUGGUGUUGCUAGUCAGAGAGAGGAGCUGCGUGCACGUUUCCCUGGUCUACCGGGUGAUCUUGUCAAUUUCUUCUUGUACAUUGCAGAGGAGGUGAGGGGCAUAUUAGCUCAGUUGGGAUAUGAGAAAUUGGAUGACAUAAUUGGGCGGACAGAUUUGCUUAAGCCUAGGGAUAUCUCGCUCGUGAAAACUCAUCUUGACCUCAGUUAUCUCUUAUCUUCCGUUGGGCUGCCAAAACGUAGCAGUACUUCCAUUAGGAAGCAGGAGGUUCACUCAAAUGGUCCUGUCCUUGAUGAUACUCUACUUCAGGAUCCGGAGAUAAUGGAUGCAAUUGAAAAUGAAAAAACGGUUCACAAAAGCAUGAGUAUAUACAAUGUGGACCGUGCUGUUUGCGGUCGGAUUGCAGGUGUAAUUGCGAAGAAAUACGGAGACACUGGUUUUGCUGGGCAACUGAACCUAACGUUCAAUGGAAGUGCUGGCCAAUCUUUUGCAUGUUUUCUAAGUCCUGGAAUGAAUAUACGUCUUGUAGGUGAAGCUAACGACUAUGUGGGAAAGGGAAUGGCCGGAGGUGAAGUUGUGAUAUUACCAGUAGAGUCAACUGGUUUUCUUCCUGAAGACGCAACUAUUGUAGGAAACACUUGUCUGUAUGGCGCAACCGGUGGUUUACUAUUUGUGAGAGGCAAAGCAGGAGAGAGAUUCGCGGUUAGAAACUCUCUAGCUCAAGCUGUCGUUGAAGGCACUGGAGAUCACUGCUGUGAAUAUAUGACUGGUGGUUGUGUGGUUGUGCUCGGGAAAGUCGGUAGAAAUGUAGCUGCCGGGAUGACUGGUGGAUUGGCGUAUAUUCUCGACGAGGACAACACUCUCCUCCCUAAGGUGAACAAAGAGAUAGUGAAGAUCCAAAGAGUGACUUCACAAGUGGGACAAACGCAGCUUAAGAGCCUCAUCCAAGCUCAUGUGGAGAAAACAGGAAGCAGUAAAGGAGCAACGAUUGUGGAGGAAUGGGACAAGUAUCUUUCAAUGUUCUGGCAACUUGUACCCCCCAGUGAAGAAGACACGCCGGAAGCUAACUCCGACUACCAGGUGAAAUCAACCACCGGAGAAGAAGAACAAGUGUCAAACACAUUUGCAGUGUAAUUUACUCAAUGACAAGAAGUAAACGCUAUCGUAGUUUCUUCUUUGUACAGUCAAAAGUCAUGGCGGACAUGAAGAGUCUCUUGGUUUGUGAAUGUUAUUACAUCACAACAAGCUCUCCGUUUGAUUCAGACUGGAUUCGGUUAUCUUUCGGUUUACUUCGUCUGGUUUAAAUAAUAAAAGAAAAUCCAGCAUGUUUGUACGUUCGUAUGCCAUGGGAAUAGUAGUCUUUUAUGAAAAUGUUCACCUUGGUUUCAUUUUCAGUUUAUGAAUUUAACAGGAUUUAAAAACAACAUUAUUUACAUUGAUACAAAUGU